CAAUUGUCAAAUGGUUUGAAAUUCAGCUUGCUUGUGGGAUUUUUUAUCAUUUUUUGUUUUUUGUACACAGUAUUUUGGUAUUUUGCAUUGGUCUUAACUUAUACCUUGAACAUAGUUUAGUUUACAAUUAAUUUAUCCCAAAAAAAGACAUAUAAUAACCUUGAAAAUGGAAUCACAUACCGAUGUUUCGGAACCUCCAACCAAACAUGAAAAUAACCCUCGUAAAAGGGUGCGACAUCGGAAAAAACAAAUCUAUGAAAACAUUAUGAAGCAAAUGGAGUUUUAUUUCAGCGAUGCUAAUCUUAGUAAGGACAGGUUUCUCGGGGAUUUGGUAAAGAACGACCCUUUUGUACCGAUCACUGAAUUCUUAAAGUUUAACAAAAUCCGCUCUCUGACCCAGGAUGCGAACGAUAUUGUGAAGGCUAUGAAGCACUCUACAUUGUUAGAGUUAUCAGAAGAUAAACAAAAAGUAAAAAGAAAAACACCAAUGAUGCCCUAUGAUGCAGAUUUGCGGACAGUUUAUGUUGAGUCAAUACCUGUAACAGCAAGUAGAGAAUGGCUGGAGAGGGUUUUCUCUGAUUACGGACAAGUAGCUUACAUAUCAUUACCAAAGUUUAAGAAUUCAAAUAAAAUUAAGGGUUUUGCCUUCAUAGAAUUUGCUACACCACAAGACGCGCAAAAUUGCAUGAAUGCAUUCAACAAAAUGGGCUGCAAGCUUCCAUCAUGUAUGCCACCAGAAGAACUAUCAUCAAUCAAAAUGUUCAGCGUUGAUACCAUUGAAGAUAACCCUGAUAACCAGCCUGAUAACCAUGAUAACCCUGAUAAAAAUCAUGAUAACCCCCCAGAUAACAUCCCUCAUGUUAAAGAGGAAUAUGAACCACCUAAGAAGAAGGCGAAAAAGAGAGAGAAAAAGCCACCAAAGACACUAGAGUUGAAACAGGACCAAGAGUCGGAUAAUGAAAAGAGGACACCCACUGAAGAAAACAAAAGUGUGACUACACCAAGUGAAGAAGGUAGAAACACAGAUGUAGAACAAGAAUCCAAAGACGAGAUCAGUCACGAUGAAGGCAAAGCUGCAGACAGUAUGCAGAGGAAGAAAAAACUCAAAAAACGCUCUUCCAAAGAAAAGGGCAAAGCCAAAGCCCUGGCCAAAGGUGAAGCUCCCAAAGGAGCCCUGUGGGGCUUACAGGUGCUACCUAAAUCAGAAUGGAAGUCACUCAGGAAUAAGUACCUGAAUCUGCAAAGGAAGUUCAUGAAAGACAUCAAAACGAACUUACGGAACAACAAACACGCAUACUCCGGAAUACCUGACCCCGCCGCUCCGGCUAUGGACGUUGAACCUGUAAAAUAUAGCACUCAAGAGCUCAACAGUGCUAAAAACGUGGAACCCCUACAGAAGAUUCCUGGCGUCUUUGUUAAAGAAGUACUGCCAGAGCCGUGUUUGGACGUGAGACUAACAAAAAGGACUAUCAAAACCAAUGUACACGUAGAGCAUGUGGACGUCAAAGAAGGUCAAUCAGAAGUCAUCAUUCGGUUUGAUUCCUCCAAAGCUGCGGAUGAGUACUGCGCGAAUUCAAGCAACCGCGCCAGAGUACUGUGCGGCGCAGAAGAGCAGGAACAGUGGAGGCUGGCGGAGAGCGCUCGCUCGAACAAGCGCGCUCGCGGACGAACGCGACUGCUCGCGCGAGCCGCGGCGCUCAGCGAGCCGCCCGCGCUCACGCCCGCCUCGCCGCAACCCACACACACUCACAUACGAUUCGACGACGAAUAAGUGGAAGCUAAGCACUCGCUCGGACAAGCGCGCUUGCGGACGAACGCGAUUGCUCGCGCGAGCUGCGGCACUCAACGAGCCACCCGCGCUCACGCCCGCUUGCCGCAACCCACACACAUACGAUUCAUCUGCCAAUAAAUUAUACCUGUUUUUAAGAUGA